AAACGAUUCACACGUAUCCCAACCUCCACAGUCAUCUCGCAUCUGACACCUUUCACGAGCCAUUGUCACCAGUGGCAGAGAGCAGCACAGAUCGAUCUGGACGAUGCGCAGCAGCUUUCAACGCACGUUGACCCACUUGCCAGGUAUCUGCCGCGAUCGCAGCAGCACCAGCAUCAGCGGCAAUCCUACCUCCAGGCUUGUCUGCAGGUCAAGCUCUCCUCAUCCAUCUGUCAGCAAUCAUCUGCCUGCCCCUCCUCGUCCCAUCAGCCAACUUGCCAGUCUGACACGGCCUCCAAUCAGCCACUCCACGUCUACUCUGCACGCACGGCAGGCUCACACUUCCGCAGGCCUGCACAGCAUGUCCGUCGAAGCUACCAUGAGAGCCAAGCUGGAAAAGGAAUUCGCACCUGCCCAAGUCACCAUCAGGAACGACUCUUCCAAGCACGCACAUCAUGCGGCCAUGGUCGCUCAGAAUGGUGGCAAUGGCGAGACGCACUUUUACGUAGAAGUGAUUUCGCCGGCCUUUGAGGGCAAAUCUCAGAUAUCACGACAUCGUGCCAUCAAUGCGCUCAUGGCCCCCGAGUUCGAGAGGGGUCUGCACGCGUUGAGCCUGAGGACCAAAACUCCUGAAGAGGUCGCCAAGGGCAGGUAGCACGUGUACGAGCUGCAAUGCCAACAUCUUCUCCCGAAACCUAUCAGAGUGAGGCUUGCUGCCGUGCAUCUCCUUUUCUGGGAUACGCAUCGCUCAAAGUGAACGACGACACGCCACAGCGAGGUGUAUGUAAUGAUUGGCGACGAGAUUCGCAUUAACGUGACUACC